AUGUCUCCUCCCGCUGCUAUCUUCGAGCCCACCGUGGUCCCCACUGGCAUCAAGUCCAACGUGGUGGUCCCGGAGGCCGCUCCCGUCACUGGCUCUUCCCAGACCCAGCUGCUCGACCACUUUGCUGGCAAGUGGGACAACUUCAAGUUCGCUCCCAUCCGUGAGAGCCAGGUCUCGCGUGCUAUGACCAGACGUUACUUCCAGGAUCUGGACAAGUACGCUGAGAGUGACAUUGUCAUUGUGGGUGCUGGUUCUUGCGGUUUGAGUACCGCGUAUGUUCUGGCCAAGGCUCGUCCGGACUUGAAGAUUGCCAUUGUCGAGGCCAAUGUCUCUCCUGGUGGUGGUGCCUGGCUCGGUGGCCAGCUCUUCUCCGCUAUGGUCAUGCGUCGUCCCGCCGAGGUCUUCCUGAACGAGCUGGGCGUGCCCUACGAGGAAGACCUUGCGAACCCCAACUACGUCGUGGUGAAGCACGCCUCGCUGUUCACCUCGACCCUGUUGUCCAAGGUUCUCUCCUUCCCCAACGUCAAGCUCUUCAACGCUACCAGCGUGGAAGACCUGAUCACCCGCCCCGCUGCCAGCGGCGACCCCAAGGAUGUCCGCAUCGCCGGUGUGGUCACCAACUGGACCCUGGUCACUCUUCACCACGACGACCACUCCUGCAUGGACCCCAACACCAUCAACGCCCCCGUGAUCAUCAGUACCACCGGUCACGACGGUCCCUUCGGUGCCUUCUCAGCCAAGAGACUCGUCUCCAUGAACAGCGUCGACAAGCUCGGCGGUAUGCGCGGCUUGGACAUGAACUCGGCCGAGGACGCCAUCGUCAAGAACACCCGCGAGGUCACCAAGGGUUUGAUCAUCGGUGGUAUGGAGCUGUCGGAGAUCGAUGGCUUCAACCGCAUGGGUCCUACCUUUGGUGCUAUGGUCCUGAGCGGUGUCAAGGCUGCCGAGGAGGCGCUGCAGAUCUUUGACGAGCGUAAGCGCGAGUGCGCUGAGUAA